AUGCUUUUCCACAUACUGCGCUCAAUAGCGUUAGAGGAUAAUGCCUCUCUCGUUCGUCGCAAAUGGGAGUUUCACGAGGAGGUUCCUCUUUUAGGCUCCGACCGAUCGCUCUUUAUUGCUAUGGGAGUGAUUGCGCUCCUAUCCCUGGUAUCCUCUCUUUCCUUGCUUUCUUUCUUGACCUACCGAUUCAUCUACUGGCAACGCUACUAUAAACAUCCUCUCGCCAAGAAUCAAUAUGUCGUUCUCAUUUACAACCUACUUCUCGUCGACUUACAACAAGCCAUCGCUUUCAUGAUAUGUCUCUAUUGGGUGUCGCUUGGCAGUGUCCGCUCUGGCGAAGCGGCUUGUUAUCUACAAGGAUGGUGGAUUAUGACGGCUGAUCCUGGAAGUGGAUUAUUCGUUUUAGCCAUCGCUUUACACACGGGCGCAAUUGUUAUGCGUGGUCGCCAACUGAAAUUUCGUACCUUUGCUUGGUGUGUCGUCGCACUAUGGGCUUUCAUCCUAAUUCUGGGUUUCAUUCCUGUCGGCCUGUAUGGCAAGAAUGUCUUUGUGGUUUCUGAAGCCAACUGGUGUUGGCUGAGCCCCGAGUAUGAGAACGACCGUCUCUGGGGCCAUUACUUCUGGAUUUUCCUUUCCGAAUUUGGCACCGUUGUGCUCUACGCCAUUAUGUUCUUCUACCUCCGACGACGUAUGAAACAGGCGAAGGUCCUCCGCCGUGGCCAACAAGAAAGUCUGCAACGUCUCAACCGUGUCGUCAUCUAUAUGGUUGUCUAUCCGCUUGUGUAUCUUGUUCUGUCGCUCCCUCUCGCCGCCGGCCGCAUGGCCACCGCAAGAGGCGACGCGCCUAGCAAAACCUACUUCGGUGUCGCUGGCUGCUUGAUGGCUCUGUCUGGGUUCUUCGAUGUGAUGGUCUACACUUUGACCCGCCGUCAUUUGCUGCUCGACACCGAACACAGUACCACCGACCACAACUACGACGGCACUGAUUCCCAAUGGCAGACCAACAUUUCGACUGCCGGUCCUUCUAAAUCACGCAAAUUCCGCAGUAGGGGAUCUCGGCUCGGCUCUCGAUUCCAAAAGAACGGGAACCACGCCGAUGUCAAGGCAACCAGCCCGUUCGAGGACUCGACCGAGGACAUCGUCAAUAAGAACGAUAUGGAAAUGUCCAACUUCGGCGGUGUGUAUCAAGAAACGACAAUUGAAAUUUCACACGAACCUGUCUCUGCAUAUGAAUCCGAUGAACACGCCGAGCGCAGACGCGAACGCCGAUCCUCUUGA